AUGCGAUCCAAAUUCAAGGAUGAGCACCCUUUUGAGAAACGCAAGGCGGAAGCCGAACGCAUCAGACAGAAGUAUCCAGAUCGCAUUCCGGUGAUCUGCGAGAAGGCGGAUCGGACAGAUAUUCCUACAAUCGACAAGAAGAAGUAUCUGGUACCUUCGGAUCUCACUGUAGGACAGUUUGUAUACGUGAUCCGCAAGCGCAUCAAGCUUGCUCCCGAGAAGGCCAUCUUCAUAUUCGUCGAUGAGAUCCUCCCACCAACAGCAGCAUUGAUGAGUGCAAUUUAUGAAGAACAUAAGGAUGAAGACAAUUUCUUGUAUGUUAGCUAUUCGGGGGAGAAUACGUUUGGGCAGCGGGGAUGGGUUGAGUUGUCAUCAGACGCAUGA